AUGAAGGACCCUGCUCAUAAAACUUUCUCCAGUUCAGUUCAGCUGACAACUGCACGAUACAACAAUCCGGACAUGAUGCUCUCCAGUCCCAGUCCGUUCCCUCCCAGAACUUCCCGUUUGCCAAAGCAGGAGAUGAGGACCUCCCCGGAUUUCCCUAAUUCCAUCUUCUUCUUGGCUUGUGGAUUUGUCCCGCUUUUACUUCUUACUAUUGCUUUGCUUGUAUUCCUACUCUGUCGACGCUCCCAGGAGACCAAGGAAAACUCGGCCCUGUCUUCCUUUCAAGUUUCUUCAGCUUCUUCCUCCAUCCAUACGCCCCUAACACCUCCGGAGCAUCCUAACCAACAGAGCCAUUGGAACUUUACUACAGGCCUGGCUACACAACAACCGUUUGCCAAGUUGAACUCACAAGCAGCUGACAGACACAAGCGUAGUAAUCAUCCCAGCGGUAUCCUUGCCCCUGUAUUGGCAAAUGCCUUGCAGCGACGCUUAACACAAGUAUGUCGACCAUUUUCAAAGUCGUCAAAAACGGGGAGAAAAUUGCCCCGAAAUGAAUAUGUUCAAGCUCAUGCCGUCUGCGCUAACUUCUCAAGUCCAAGCGACCCUACUGGACUGUCGGUUCACCCUGCUGUAAACCACCCAAAAGAGGAUUUGACCAAAGCGCCAGUCCAACGCGGUCAAGUUCACUGCUCCUCAAGCGGCAGCGGCAGCGGUCUUCCCUUCCUCGUUCAAGCCACCGUAUCGAGGCAGAUUGCCCUGCAGGAGUGUAUCGGCAAGGGACGUUUUGGCGAAGUCUGGCGUGGCAUCUAUCGGGGCGAGAACGUGGCGGUGAAAAUCUUCUCCAGUCGAGACGAGGCUAGCUGGGCCCGAGAGACCCAGAUCUAUAGUACCGUGUUGUUGAGGCAUGAAAACAUCCUCGGUUACUAUGCCAGUGACAUAACUUCAAGGUACUGA